AUGGCGAUCUCCUCCUUUCUCCUGCUGCUCUUCGCGCUGGCUCUUUUCACGCUUCCACUUGCUCCUGCUCACGUCCAUCCGCUCCUGCGAGCCACACAACAGGAUGGAUUCAGAACAGAGCUCAGAAGACGCGAUUCCAACUUACCGAUCUCCAAGAGGUUCCAGAACAGCUUCCUACGAGCCAGAUAUCUAGCGUCCAAGGCCGGAGAAGGCAAAGGGGAAGCUAUUCCCGGGAUCCCCAUGACCGACGUGGGCAGUGCUUACACAAUGCCUCUUCUGCUCGGAACUCCUCCUCAACGCAUGGACGUCCUGUUUGAUACCGGGAGUGACCUCGUCUGGGUGCAAUGCUUACCAAGCGCCGCCAACCGCUUCAACUAUACACAGUCGUCAACUUUCCAUACUGUGAGCUGCUCCGAUGCCUGCUCACACUUCAACGACUACUGCCUCUACUCUUGCGAGUACCAGUACCAAUACGGAGGAGGAGGAGCAACAUCUGGCCUGGUUGUCACGGAGACCGUCUCCCUCAGGACGUCCAACACGACUAGUUCGAAGUUUUCCGAUAUCCUCGUCGGCUGUAGCUUAUCUUCAAGCGGCUUCCCGAACCUAGACGGCGUUGCUGGCUUCGGUCGAGGCCAAGUCUCGUUGAUCACACAGCUGAGUGACUCCAUCGGGAACAAGUUCUCCUACUGUCUUUCGCCACUUGACCAUCCCAGCCCCUUCUUCUACGGCAGUGCUGCUCCGGUCCAUGCUUCAAAUGCCCAGUCCACACCUCUUCUCACCCACGAUGGCGACGAAACGUUCUACUUCGUGAACCUCACUAGUGUCUCGGCUGACGGCUAUACCAUUUCCAUGCCUCACAGCGACCUCGAUAGCUCGGUUGGCACCAUCUUCGACUCUGGCACUACACUAACGUUUCUUCCUCUUGGCGUGUACAUCCAAGUGAUAAGUGUUUUCAGCCGCCGGAUUAAUCUUCCCCUGGUUAACGGCACCUCGGUAGGCCUAGACCUGUGCUAUAACAUUUCCCUCCAGAGAGACUACACCUUUCCCUCCCUUGCUCUACAUUUCCCGGACGCUUGGAUGAACCUUCACCAAGAUAACUACAUCGUCGUCCCAAGUCGAGCCGAUGCCGAAGCGUGGAACGAAUCAGUCGCUUGUCUCGCUAUCAUGUCCAGCGCAAGCAUCGGGAUUAAUAUCAUCGGCAAUGUGAUGCAGCAAGGCUACCAUAUCAUGUUCGACAAUGAGAAAUCCACCGUCACUUUCGCACCUGCAUCAUGCUCGGAGCUGUGA